CGCACACAGUCCAAGCUUUAAUGCCCACGAUGACUCAUGUGCACACUUUACAGACUGAGGUUUGUCAAAAGGAGGAGAGAUGAGGGUGGAGGGUGGAGGGUGCAGUGUGGGAGGAGGCUGCGCUCAUCAAAGGAGUGCUCGGACUCUAACGAGGGAUGGAGCAAUGACCCUGAACGCCUCACAGCCCGACAGGCGGACAGACAAGCAAAAGACGGGGCCCCCUCCUGACCGCACCUGAAGAGACACUCAGCGGGUGCGAAAUGAUGUGGCGUGAGCUGCGUAGUCGUCAGUUCUGGAGGGCCAUGAUGGCGGAGCUGCUCGGCACCCUGGUGCUGGUGAGCGCCGUGUUGGGUGCAACCGUGCCGGGCCCUGGAGAGUCCCCAGCGGGACCCUUGUACCCAGCGGUGGCGCUCGGUGUGGUGAUUGUUGCACUGGGACACUGUUUUGGGGAAAUAAGCGGAGCACAGGUGAACCCUGCAGUCACUCUGUCCCUGCUGGCCACACGGAGGCUGGAUGUCCUCAGGGCCUUUGUCUAUAUCACAGCCCAGUGUUUGGGGGCGUCUUUGGGGGCUGGGGCCCUCUACCUGGCUCUACCACUAAAAAGCACUGCAGACUACUUCGUCAACAAGGUGCCCAUUGAGUUGAAUGCAGCUCAGGCCCUCGGCAUUGAGGUCUUAUGCACCUUCCAGUUGGUCUUCACUGUCUUCUCAGUGGAGGACCAGCGACGAAGGGAAAGCCCAGAACCGGGAAACCUGGCCAUUGGCCUGGCACACACUGCUGGAGUGAUGAUAGGGGCGCGGUUCUCUGGUGCCAGUAUGAACCCUGCACGAUCUCUGGGUCCAGCCAUUAUCACGGGAUUCUGGGAAAACCACUGGGUGUACUGGAUCGGACCAGUGCUGGGGGCAAUGCUGGCCGGCGUGUCCCAUGAGUUCUUCUUUGCGCAAAGCGCCCCCCGCCAGAAGCUGGUGGCAUGUCUGACCUGUAAGGACAUAGAGAUUGUUGAGGCGACCAGCAUGACCGGCUCGUCUCUGUCCACCGUCACCCAGAACGCCACCAGAGGCAAGCAGGCCCACAAACAAGACAACGCCUGAGCUCCCAGUCCGUGGAAUUGAUGCUGCCUCUUGUUUGUGUUAGUAAAAACGGAGCCAACGUUGUGCGAUUGUCCGCAUUUGCACAUCAUUAGAAUACGUGGUGAAAUACUCAUUGAAAUCCUGCUGCAAACAAUCCCACGCUUGCUGUGUUUUUUGUUUCGUUGCAUUCUGUAGCUUUGAAAUGCUAAGAGGCCUCGGUGAUGCUCUUAGUUGCUGCUCAUGAGUGUUCGUCUCUUCUCUGAAGCUUUUUGUUCACAGUCAAAUAGACCAGACCACACUAAUGGCUCCAUGGAGGGAAACUCAUUCAAUGAAAAUAAUCCUCCUGUGUUUGAGCAUGUGAACCAUUGGUUAUGAAUAUUUUUGCAGUUUAUAUGUAAAUAUAUACAGUGGUGUGAAAAAGUGUUCCUGAUUUCUGAUUUGUUGUAAUGUUUGUCACGCUUAAAUGUUUCAGAUCAUCAAACAAAUUGAAAUAUUACUCAAUGACAACACAACUGAACACAAAAUGCAGUUUUUAAAUUCAACUUUUUAUUAUUAAGGGAUAAAAAAAAUCCAAACCAAAACCAAAUGGUCCUGUGUGAAAAAGUGAUUGCCCCCUAAAACUAAUAACUGGUUGGGCCAACCUUAGCAGCAACAACUGCAAUCAAGCGUUUGCGACAACUUGCAUAUUACUUAUAUAACUUGAAUUUUGGCCCACUCAUCUUUGCAGAAUUGUUGUAAUUCAGCCACAUUGGAGGGUUUUCCAGCAUGAAGCGCCUUUUUUAAGGUCAUGUCACAGCAUCUCAAUAGGAUUCAGGUCAGGACUUUGACUAGGCCACUCCAAAGCCUUCAUUUUGUUUUUCUUCAGCCAUUCAGAGGUGGACUUGCUGGUGUGUUUUGGAUCAUUGUCCUGCUGCAGAACCCAAGUUAGUUUCAGCUUGAGGUCAUGAACAGAUAGCCGGACAUUCUCCUUCAGGAUUUUUUGGUAGACAACAGAAUUCGUGGGUUUUAUCACAGCAAGUCUUCCAGGUCCUGAAGUAGCAAAACGGCCCCAGACCACCACACUACCACCACCAUAUUUUAUUGUUGGUAUGAUGUUCUUUUUCUGAAAUGCUUUGUUACUUUUACACCAGAUGUAAUGAGACACAUACUUUCAAAAAGUUCAACUUUUGUCUCGUCAGACCACAGAGUAUUUUCCCAAAGGUCCUGGGGAUCAUCAAGAUGUUUUCUGGCAAAAUUGAGGCGAGCCUUAAUGUUCUUUUCGUUCAGCAGUGGUUUUCAUCUUGAAACUCUGCCAUGCAGGUCGUUUUUGCCCAGUGUCUUUCUUAUGGUGGAGUCAUGAACACUGAUCUUAACUGAGGCAAGUGAGGCUUGCAGUUCUUUGGACGUUGUUGUGGGGCCUUUUGUGACCUCUUAGAUGAGUCGUCGCUGCGCUGUUGGGGUAAUUUUGGUUGGCCGGCCACGCCUGGGAAGGUUCACCACUGUUCCAUGUUUUCACCAUUUGUGGAUAAUGGCUUUCACUGUGGUGCACCGGAGUCCCAAAGUUUUCAAAAUGGCUUUAUAACGUUUUCCAAACUGAUAGAUCUCAAGUUACAGUAUGUUUAACUGGAGGCUGGGGGGGCAAUCACUUUUUCACACAGGGCCAUGUAGGUUUGGAUUUUUUUUCCAUCCCAUCAUCAUUCCCAUCAUCCUGAUACUGAAGUUGACGAGGGUUUUGUUUGUCCAAACAACCUGAUACUGGAACACAGGAGGCUUUUUAAGAUAUUUUCAGUGGACGUGAUCCCACCAGUGUUUUCUUUAUUUCUAACAAUAUAUCAAACUCUUGGUUUGGUCCCUUUUUUUCCUUCCAUGUAGCUUGAUGUUGUUUUUUUAUGCCCUCAUGAUGAUGUUCUUCACUUACUCACUUGAGGCCUCAUUGGACUUCAUAUUGGUAGCUCCAGUCAGACAUCUACCAAGCUGACUGACUGUUCCUGACCAGCUAACCUCGUAUUUUUUAUCAGAAAAAGCCCUUGUUAGUAGCCGGUUAGCUUGCUAAUACAUGGAAACAGGAACCAAAAGUCAGCUCAGUCGCCCCGUCAAUGAUGUCAUCAGCGGGUGACUCCGUAGUUCUUUGCUAACUCAACACAGUUACACCACAAGACUGUCAUUGUCUUUUGAUUACAGCUGCAAAAUAACCAAACAAUGGAGCCAAAGAAAGUUGCAAGCGCCCGCAUUUUGAUAAAGAAGGUGAGAAACACUUGAAUUCAAGAAAUAACUCCUAGCAGACAAAGUUGGUGUCCAAGUGGCUCUUGCUGCUGCAUUGCUGUCUUAGCCAACAAUCACAUCUUCAAUCAAGGUGGAAGUUAAGUUAAAUGUUCAUCCCUUUCAUUUGUCAUUUAUG